UGAUAAUCUAAAAAUCUCCACUCCAUUAAAAAGUAUAUCUUCUGCAGUAGGACUAAGUGUGCUGUCUUCAAUUUCAAUUUUGAAUUCAUUUCCUCUUGAAACAGAACAAAAUUUUGAUAAAGAGGAGGAAUAUAUGCCACUUUUGACAUCCCGUCAACAUUUUGUGAAAUUAGAUAUUGAGAAGGAUAAAAAGGAGGAUACCAGAAACAUUUGUAAAGGUAGACGCAAACUAGUAAAAACUAUACAAUUACUACUCACUCCUAAUUUUAAACAUUCUGUUCAUCCAAAACUAUUACACUGGGUAUUUAUUAACUUACCGCCAAAUUAUGAAGUUAAUUUUUCCAAACUAAUCAAUCUUUUUCUACUUUUUUUUCAAACUCCAUAUUAG